AUGCAACCCGAUGUGCGACUGUUCGGCUUCAUUGUACCUCGUCCAAGUCGCCAACUGUUCUUCUCGGCCGUCUGCAUCGGAUCAGAUGCGGGCCAUGUUGUCAAUCGGUUGAUCCUCACCGACCUUUCUGGCGGCUGGUAUCUUCGCCGCUUUGUCAUCUAUUCCGCUAAGCCUAGCGGCGUCGGGACACUGGCUGGACGACGAGUCUGUCUGAAGGGUAGAGAUCUACCGCGAAGGUCGGCUCGUAGAGACGAUGACGUCGCGGACUGUUUAGCAUUUUUUGCACGCCUCUCGCUGCACUCUGCUGCGAAUCGCCAACGAGGCACCAAGUCGCCAGCCAUUCACGUCAAGCUCAAUCAGUCUCGCUCUGGCUGCAAUGCCUCAAUCACUAAUUCACUUUGUCUCAUUCAAACAGUUGUUCACUCAUUCAUUCUCACUCAUUGCUCAUUCACCUACUCAUGA